UUACGUCAUCACUAGUCGACGCAGCCUGUCGUGCUGGCUCUCUAACAAGUUCAUGCCAACAACAUAAAUACCGCACAGAAAUCAUGGCUUCAGACGAUGCGUUUAAAGUGUCCUCCCUGAAAGGUAAAGUAGCUCUGGUAACAGGAGCCAGCUCAGGUAUCGGAGCAGGAACCAGCAUCCUGUUCGCUAAACUCGGAGCUCUGCUGGCUCUGAACGGCCGAGACGUGGAAAACCUCCAGAAAGUAGCCAAACAGUGCACCGACUGUGGAGCUGCUGAGCCUCUGCUUGUUCCUGGAGACCUGACUGAUGAGGAGACAGUGAAGAAGACCGUGGAGCAAACCAUCGCUCACUUCGGCCGGCUGGAUGUCCUCGUUAACAGCGCUGGGAUUCUGGCCAUGGGCAGCAUAGAGACCGCAGACCUGGCUCAGUAUGACAAGAUCAUGAACAUCAAUGUCAGAACUGUUUACCACCUGACUCAACUCUGUGUGCCCCACCUGAUCAAGACCAAAGGCUCCAUCGUCAAUGUGUCCAGUGUCAAUGGACAGAGAUCAUUCCCUGGUGUGCUGGCCUAUUGCAUGUCCAAGUCCGCCAUUGAUCAGUUCACACGUUGUACAGCACUUGAGCUGGCACCAAAGCAAGUCAGAGUGAACUCUGUCUGCCCUGGUGUGAUCAUCACAGACGUCCACAAGAGAGCAGGACUAGAUGAGGACCAGUAUGCCCAGUUUCUAGUAAAGUGUAAGCAGACUCACGCCCUCGGUCGACCCGGCGAGGUGGAGGAAGUGGCCCAGAGCAUCGCCUUCCUCGCGUCCGAUGCCGCCAGCUUCAUCACCGGAGUCAACCUACCCAUCGACGGGGGCCGCCAUGCAAUGUGCCCGAGAUGAGAUCAUGUAUGCUAAGAUACAGCAGUCUGCCAAUAUAGUUCUUUUAAACUCUAA